AUGCAGGACAUUAUUGACCAUUUACCCAAAUUGCCUGAAAUUCAGCAGCAAAAACUAACUAUUCAUGAAUUCGAUGAAAUAGAAGUGAAACCAACUGACUCAGUAGAAAUAAAGAAGUUCAUACGUAAAGUAAACUAUGAGUUUCUAGGAUAUCAUUGCAAUCAUAAAGUUAUGGACAAAGAUUGCGACAUGGUAUAUAAGAACAUCUCUGACAUAUAUAAAUCUGGGGAGUUUAAGACAUACGACAACUUUGUUUCAUUAGUUGCUGAAUGUGUAUGGCAGAUAAGAGAUAAAGAUAAAAGAUGUAAAAUAUGGAAUGGACAAAUAAAACCAACAACUUUUGAGUUAAAGAAAACCAUUGACGCCUUAGUUGUUCUAACAGGUCAAAUUUCAAUGUAUAACGCAAAAAUGAAUCCGCAAUGUUCAAAAUGUAAAGCAGCAAUGAGGAAAUAUAACUACUCCGUCAAAGAGAUAGAACGUAUGAGAAACGACUAUGCUGACUUAAAGAAAGAAGUAGAGAAACCAGCAGAAGAUAAAAUGGACAUGUUAGCAUUUCUGAACAAAAACUAUCCAACAGCUGACGAUUUCCUAUUAUCUGAUGUCAAGAAGAAGUAUAAAGAAACUUUCGGCAUUGUUAAAACUUUUGACAUACUGACAGAAGAAAUAGAAGCUACGAAAUUGUUUAGAAUUUCAAAUAUACAUCGUACAAUUCAUGUAAAACGCUUAUAA